GACUUGCCGCUCCUCGCCGGGCCGGCGGGGACGGCUCAGGGAGGCGCCGCCCGGGCCCCUGGCAGGCUGUGCUCACAGGUGGGCAGCUGCGGCGUGGGCACGGCCGAGCGGAGCCGGGGUCCCCGACUCUAGCCGUCACGCCAGGAGCCCCACAGAGUCGAAAUUCAGAGACGCUUCCGCGCCUGUGGUGGAGCAGAGCCUUUCCCAUUCGGUCUCCGCCUCUUUUUCUGCAGCCGCACCUCCGUCGGGAGAGCAGGCGUUGGUGUUCAUCAGAGAGAGGUGUGGAUGUAUUUACAAGAUAUGAAUUGGAGUCUUUCCACCUUUACCUUUUGAGGGCUGCUUACAUCUCAUGGUGACAGGUGCAAAUCACAGCACAGAAGGGCAGUCAGUAUGAAGCCAGUGAAAAAAAAGAAAACCGAAGAACCUGAAUUGGAGCCCCUGUGCUGCUGUGAAUACAUAGAUAGAAAUGGGGAAAAGAACCACGUGGCUGCUUGUUUGUGUGAUUGUCAAGAUAUCGAUGAAGGGUGUGAUAGAUGGCUUACGUGUAAAUCAGUGCAGCCAGAGACUUGUGAAAGAAUCAUGGAUACAAUUUCUGAUCGCCUCCGAAUUCCGUGGCUUAGGGGAGCCAAAAAAAUUAACAUUAGCAUCAUUCCUCCACUUGUCCUUCUGCCUGUCUUCCUUCACGUGGCUUCCUGGCAUUUCCUCCUGGGGGUGGUGGUUUUGACCUCCCUUCCUGUGUUGGCACUGUGGUACUACUACCUCACUCACAGAAGGAAAGAACAGACUCUGUUUUUCCUGAGCCUUGGACUGUUCUCAUUGGGCUACAUGUACUAUGUGUUCCUGCAGGAAGUGGUUCCCAGAGGGCAUGUGGGGCCCACUCGGCUGGCUGUUCUUACCUGCGGGUUGUUUCUGAUACUCUUAGCCUUGUAUAGAGCCAAGAAGAAUCCAGGCUACCUCAGCAAUCCAGCAAGCAAUGACAAAUCCCUAAGCAGCAGCCAAAACGAAUGUCUGAGCAAAAAAGGGCAGGAGAAGACCAAAGGGUUCCCCGGAGCCGACACGUCGGGGAGUCUCAACAACCGCACGCUGAAGGAUGAUCUUAAGGGCUCCUUCAGGAUGUUGGCCAGCAGCCCCACCAAGGUGAAGGAGGACUGGUGUGCCAAGUGCCAGCUGGUGCGACCAGCCCGGGCCUGGCAUUGCCGUAUUUGUGGCAUCUGUGUAAGGAGAAUGGAUCAUCAUUGUGUCUGGAUAAACAGCUGUGUUGGAGAAUCAAAUCAUCAAGCAUUUAUACUUGCCCUUUUGAUCUUCUUGCUCACUUCGGUGUACGGGAUAAUGCUGACCUUGGACAGCAUUUGUAGAGAUAGAAGUGUCUUCACUGCCCUUUUCUAUUGUCCUGGAGUUUAUGCAAAUUACAGCUCGGCUCUGUCCUUCACCUGUGUGUGGUACUCUGUGAUCAUCACAGCGGGUAUGGCCUACAUCUUCCUGAUCCAGCUGAUAAAUAUCAGCUACAAUGUGACUGAGCGGGAAGUCCAGCAGGCCCUUCGACAGAAGACGGGGCGCCGGCUCCUCUGUGGGCUCAUCGUGGACACAGGCCAGUACAAUAGGGGCUUCCUGCGGAACUGGCAACAGUUCUCCACCCUGGGCACACGUGCAUUCCACCACCCUGCCGAGGACAUCGUCUGAAGUGCCUUCUGUGCGGCUCUGAGGAGUGGCUCCUCCCUCCAGCUCCUUUCCAUUUUACACUUCAGUGUCCAUGCAGGAUGUUCAUUUUUAUCCCCAGUUCCUUACAGGCAUUAUAGGGCCAUGCUCAGGUUUGGAUACUGGACUGGAGAGAAAUUAAUUUUUCUGACUUCAAACAUAAGAGAUUUUUAUAUUGAAGCAGUAAAAGUAGAGCCAUUCCUUUCCAGUCACCUUAUUAAUUGACUGAAUCACCAGAGGUUGAAAAGGAUGUGGAUUGCUAAUGCACAAAUUGAUAGAAGCAAUUCCCAUCCAUUAGCAUGGGAGGAGGAGUUUGGGAUUAGGAGAGCUUCUAGUCCCUCUUUCAAUUUUUUAAUAGCCAUGUGACCCUUAGUCGAGUCACUUUCCCAAGUCUCAGGUUCAUCUGUAGCAUGGGGUACUGAUGCCUGCCCUGGCUACUUCACAGAAGAUCACAGGAGGGUCACACAGGGGUCACAUGAGGAUGAAGGAUGUGGAAAGCACUAUGAAACAAUUUAAGCACCUGAAUAUGUGAAAUGUUAUUAGGAAAAUCCCAAGACUGAAGAAAAAUGUUGUGGUUCAGAAUACUAAAGCCAAUAUUAUUAGGGUUAUCAGUUUUCAGCAUAUAACAUGUUGUACAGUUAUGGGAAUUUCUCCUUAAGUAUUAGACAUUAACUACUCACACGGGGUAAGAGAUGAUGAGAUGGACUGAUUCUGGUCAUCUGAUCUUAAAAGGACAGUUGAUAACAAUGAUGAAGAUAAUUAUUAUCAGUGUAAUGUGUAGUGGUCGUGAGUAUAGGAAAUUAGUUAUUUUUAUUUUUUUACGUGUUGUACUUACUGUAACAAACUCCAAAAGGUAUUGAAGGGUUUUUUCCUCUUUCUGUGUUUCACCUGGUAAGGUGCUAGCACACAAGAUAGUGGCUGGAAGAAGAACAGCACUCUUAUAUUAGGGAGUCUUUUUCUUGGUAGGGAGACUUAAUUAAUAUCAAGGGCUUGUUUUUGUUUGUUUUUUUUUAUUCUCUACAUACAUGUUUCAAGUGCUGUAACUUUAUAACACCAAAUUGUAAAAACCAGUCUUGUGGCAGUCGCAUUAUUCUUGCAUAAACUGUCUUUGAGGAGUUGAUUGACAUCUUCCCACUUAACUUACACAUUACUUUCCAUUCACUCUUCCCUACAUAAAGUAUCUCACUAGGAGAGAAAAACAGGGUAUAUGUGGCUUACUUUCAUUAAUGCAUUCUUCCCUUAUUUUCUCCAAAGUAAUAAGUUGUUUCUUUAAUCAUAUCUCAAAACUUGAAAUGUAUUAGAUGGAAUAUUUAUAUAGAAUGGAUCAUUCUGCCAUAGAAUUAAGAGUGCAUUUCAUAUAGGGAAAAUACUCUCUUGAAAUGUUUGAUUUUAUACAUGUACUGUUCUGCAAUCCCAAAGAUAAUUCUUGAGUCCUUAAAUUUGCCUUGGCUUGUUGCUUAAUAUAGGGGAAAUACUGCUAGCUUUUUCCAUCAGUCAGUGCAUGCUGCUUUAGCAAUAGAUUUGUACGUGUUGAGAGGAAAUACUACUUCCUACAAUUCUGGGUAGCACCAUCCCUAGUCUUGUCAUUAGUUGACAUUCUUCUUAAGAUAUUGUCAUUACAUUUUUAUUCAGGCAUGUCAUUACUCUCCCCAGAGAUGGAUUGUUUAACAAAUGAUAGGCUCUGUGUUCCAUUGGGACGAGCCAAAGACCCAGCCUGGGAAUGCCAGCAGACACUGGUUUCUACAGUGAUGCCCUCUCUCUGGCCUAGAGUCAAAUAUUCUUUUAGAAUUGAAGUUGGCUCUGAUAUAACUAAUUUCUUUCUGUGUAGGUUUUAGAUACAAGAGUUGGUAAUAAUGUCAAGGACAGCGUUAUGUAGGCAGAAAUUGGUAGUUUUCAUGUGUCUUGAGCCCCAGCUAAAUAGCUAACUCUGAUUAUCUAGUGAUUGAUAAUAAAAAUUCAUAGAUACAUCAGUAUAGUCACUUUUAAUAACUUGCCAAAUAGUAAAUAGCAAUCCAAAUGUGAUGUGAGCUGGGUGCAGUGGCACAUGCCUGUAAUCCCAGUGGCUUACGAGGCUGAGGCAAGAGGAUUGCAAGUUCAAAGCCAGCCUCAGAAAAAAGCAAGGUGCUAAGCAACUCAGUGAGACCCUGUCUCUAAAUAAAAUACAAAAAAGUGCUAGGGAUGUGGUUCAGUGGUUAAGCGCCCCUGGGUUCAAUUCCCCAGUACCAAAAAACAAACAAAAAAUAUGACAGUAGUAGUACAAAAAGACCAAAGUCAUCGAGGAGAUUUAGGAAUGAUCACCAUCUCUGUAACAUCUCACUCCUGACAUUGAUUACCUGGAUGAGGCAACUCAGUGUCCCUUACUUGGAUGGGAACUGCUUAGAUAUUAUUCUGGCUUAUUGGAAUUAAGAUACUUGGUUUAAAUUCCUUAAGAACUCAUGAUUGUCAGUUUACUGAAAAAGCUCAAACCUGAAGGAAGCUCAUUGUUUUUGUGGAGUAAAAGCUUUCUGAAGUGUUUAAACCAAAAGGAGCAGCAAAUAAGUUUCUACAUGUGCACAGUGUUUCUGUAGCCUCUGCAACAUCCUUGGUCUAGACUUUUGAGCCAUUUUAUAAUCUGGAACCAUCUAAGGGAUUUCAUUAUAGGCCUUGGUUCUCUCUGGAGGGCAAGAGAAUUUAUUGUGGAGUGUUUGAAAAGACAAGAUCUCUAUGUUUGAGUCAUCCCAGAGAAAUAUCUGGUAGUUGUGGUAGUGAAGAAUUGCCCUGCAAAUCUAUAUCCCAGCAGUCCCUUGGCCAUAAGAGCAAACUCCUUCCCAUCACCCUCAUGUCCCUCCCCUUCUGGUUGUCUCACAUCCCCAGACUCUGUUAAGAAACAUUCUGGAUGUGAAGCUUAAUAAAUUGCCUGUUAUAUUCUGGCCACUUACAGAAUUAUCAUACCACUGUGUACUUUCUUGGGGAAGAGGAAUGAGUCCAUUUGAAAGACUCAAGGGACAGAUAGUUAAGGGUCAGGAUUGGACAAAAGGAGAAAAUUCUUUGUUCAAUGUUUCUUAGGAUACCCACAAAAUACUCCUGUGGUUCUAGCUGGGUGCUUCUGAAAUGAGCAGACCAUUAACAAUGCCUCUUUGGUAGGUUACUCUGAUGCUGCUAAAGUAAAGCCUUAAGUGUGUUUUCAGGAUAGCAUACUGCUUAUUUCACCCUCAGCUACAUUUGUGUUUGUCUUUAGGAUGUUAUAAAUCUUUGUUCUCCGAGUACUGUUUUCCUUUGGUGAGUGAAGUGAUUAUUGUCUUCCACUGUUCCAUCUGCCUAGAAGUAAGAUUGCUACAGACUUCCUCUUAUGCAAUAGUCCUUGGUACUUCUAAUAUUUUUAAAAAGAGAAAAUUUUCUAUACUAGAAUCUCUCACUGCCAGAAAACACAAUGCCAGUAAGUUUCUGUGUAAUACUGAUCAUCUGCUUAACAGACUUAUUUCCUUGGUUAGGACAUUAGCUUUUUAUUAUGAAGCUCAAUUAAUAGAAGCAAAAAUAUGACACUAAAAGCACAGUUUUAACCAAGAUAUUUAAAAAUUAAUAUUCUGUGAGGUUUAAGGAUCUCUAUCAACUAGGUAAAUAGGUUUAUAUGAAUUACUUCAUUUUAGCCAUAUUUUGGUACCCUGCAAUUUUAAAGAAUUUUCUCAAACAAGCAAUGGAUGAUAAGAGACUUUUGCUUGAGGCACCUGUUUGGGAUCCAGUGUUCUCAGCAGUUUGACAAAUGUUCCAUUUUAUAUCCAGCACUGCAAAGGCGAUGCAGGGGAGAAUCAAAGCCAUGCUGAACUUAAUACCGAAUAAAACUCAGUGUGUUCUUGUGGAUGUUUGCUGUGAUUAAUAUAAACUGUUUGAAGGGUCAGCUAAGCGUAUAGUUGCUAGUAUAGUUAUCCCCACUCUGGCUGGCACUGAGUGUCUCACUGGAGUACCAGCCAUGGGCCACAGACUAAAUGGUCAAUGGAAACACAUUUCUUAGAGGCUGUGGCCAUCUCCAAGUGGGGCCUGUGACUUACUAGUGCUUUAGUCUUCAAAUAGCACCUUUCACCUCUAGAAAUUCAUAUUUAUAAGGCAAAGCUUUAAAACCUCAGCUAGUCUAUUUUAAUUGUUGAUGCAACUGAAGUUCUGUGUUUCUUCAGCUGGAUCCAUAGACAAGAUGCCAUGUUACAGAGCUUGUAAGCUCAACUUGUGAUCCUUCUGUCUAGGUGAUUUGAUGGUUUGAGAUGUUUGGGGCCUUUUCAUUUUAUUACAUUUCUGGGCCUGAUGUUGGACUAAAGGAAACCCAGGAGUAUUUAUUUAAUAUUAAAAAUUCAAUAUUUAAUGGAACUGGCCCAAUAACAUUAAAGGGAUUUCUGAAGUCAACCUGGAGGCCAUGGAUUACAUAUUGCACUGUUUUUAUACCUGUAUUCUUAUCCUCUUAUCACCUCAGAAUCAGAUGCAAGGCCUUUUAAAUCGAGAUUUUACAAAUUACUGCCAUUUGUGUAAAAUGAUGUCCUGUGACCAAGUUGUUUAAAUGGAAAAUAAAGUGCUUUCUUUAAGGAAAA